UAAGAAGCAAGCCGGUUCGAAACCCGAGAAGUGCAACAAACGCCCCAGCUGUCGGGAAUGAGUACCUGAUUUGGUAGAGGGGGAAGCUAAGACAACGAGGGAGAGGAAAUGGGGCACAGCCCUCACGUAAAGCUGGUGAUGUACGUGCUUACAGCAUUUAAGCAAAGAUAGUUAAUAGAAAGAUGAAUCGUCCGAACAUUUCCGGCGUAGAUAGCAGACACGAGCGCCCCUAUGAGUAUCAUGAUGGUGUCCACAACAGGGAUGCAUUUGUCGGUAAUGAACAUGUUUUAGGGGUGUUUUUUGUUUUGUUUUGUUUUUGAGAAGGCUUUAAUUACGACACCACCGCCUCUUUAAAGUCCGAGUAGGGUCUAUAUCCGUGUCUGAUCCUCAGGAACAGGAAAUGGGGGUCCCACAGGGCAGCUUUCUUUCUCUAGCUCUUGUCAACAUCAAAAUACAUUCCAUCUUGAAAUCUGUCCAGGUUUGGAGACUUCGUCAUAUGUAGAUGACGUUGUAUGUAGUGACGUUGUAUGUAGAUGACGUUGCUCUCUGCAUUCGAGGUCGAUCCCUGCCAUGUUCCAGAGAUUCGUCUUGAUCUCACAGCCUCCAGAAAAGGUGACACCAGUGACCUAAUCUUUCUUCAACGCUUUCAGGCAGCAGGUCUGAGAAAGGGAAGCUCCUUCCGUUUAGAAGGUGUCACUACCGGCUGCCAUUUGCGGUCUGGUUGUGUAGAGAUAAAAGAGAGAGGAGUGUGGUGCAAACAAGAGGCUGAUUCUGCCAAACGACAAGAGAAGGAGCAAAAGUGUAUUCCGGCAGUAAGAAGUGCGAGGCAGCAGCUGGAAGACCCCACCGUGCCACCGGUCCAGUUCUGGUCGUCUUCGAGAAACAGCAGACAAGUCAUCUCUACCGUUGAGAAUCGUCACUUCAGUCCAUUGCCGGGGGGAACUGUUGCGGAGCAGCAGCAGGAAAUUUUCGAGAAGGCAGAGUGGUUGUCGUCAGUUAUACUCACCUCCAAAUCUGGAAAAGAGAUGGAAACAUUCAGCAUCACCAGGAUACGCAAGAGCAUUUUACAGAAGAUACAACAGUAUUCCCAAGAAAUAACCAUCACCAAGGAGGAAUACAGAAUAACCCAGGACAGUAACUCUGAGGACGAGGAAACCCACUCCCCUGACAGUGAUACAGACACUUCUUCUCUGUCUGAUGAGGACCAAAGAGGUUUGGCAACAAAGAAAAAGGGAGUUAAGGAGGAGGCCAGUGAUGAGGAGGAUGACAAGAACCUCAAGAAAAAUUGUUUUGAUUUUGAAGAUAUUCGCACUACAGGAGAACUCUUUCCUGAGGAACUGCCACCUAUUGAGGAGCUGACCAUUGAUGUUGAUGCCAACACCCAGAUGGAAGAAGUAGGGAUAGUAUCUGGGGUAGUGGGUGUGCAAGUUGUGAUUCACAGUCGACCAGGAAUCUCAUCUGUUCAGGAUGACACAGUAUUUUUUGGGGAGAAUCGAACUCCGAUUGGUCAGGUGUUUGAGGUUUUUGGACCUGUUGUCAGACCAUACUACUCAAUUCGUUUCAACUCACCUGAUGACAUUAAGAAAAAAGGCAUACAGAUGGGUAUGCCAGUCUAUUUUGCUCCUGAAAUGCCUGAAAUUACACAUUACAUCUUUGUAGAGCAGCUGAAAAGACUGAAAGGCUCCGAUGCUUCAUGGAAAGACAACAAUGAACCCACAGCUGACAUGAUUGAAUAUUCCGAUGAUGAGGAGGAACGCAGAGCCAAGGCCAAGCGCAGAGGACGGUGUGAGGCUGAAGCAAAAGAGGCUCAAGAUUCGCCAGAAAGCAGCCGUACAUCUGCACCGACUGGUGAAAAAAAGCUCAGGAAUCAGAGGAAAAAGAAUCAUAGAGAUAUAUCGCAGACAAGUUCUGGAGGACCUUCAGCUCCCAGUGGUCAAUGGCUCCCUUCAGAUCGCUUCUCUAAAAGAUUUUCUUGCAACAGUCCUAGAAUGUCCUUAAGACAUGAUGGACUACCAGACACAACUAACAAUAACCAAGGCCAUUGGCGCAGGGCAUUUGAACAAGGCAUGCUGAGUGGGCCUGUGUUCUCAGCUCCACCUUGUUCCACAUCAUGCAGCGAAGCAGACACUUUUGUCGCUCACAGUCUUACCUCACCAGUCACAACCGACCACAGCCGUCUGUGAAUAUACCUCCCCCUGCAUACUUCAACUUCUGCCAUAAUCCACCACCAGCGGCAGUGCAGCCCUUUUUUCAGAAUGGUGCUCCCCAUUUUGUUGGUGGUUUUAGUCAGCAAGCUCCUCCUGUCUUUGGUUCAGGACCAGCAUUUAACAGAGGACCCUCUCAGAUCUGCAGGCCACCACCACCCAGCUGGAAUGACUUCCAGUCAUCGCCAUCAUCGUCAGGUCCUUGGAAUCCCCAGCAGAAUCAGGGAAACUGGUCCCAGAAUCCCACUUUCUCUGGUGCUUGGGUUCAGAGUGGUCAGUCACAUCCAGUCAUUGAAGUGAGGACGGAGAACUAUUGACCAUCAAAGUCGUCGCGAUGAUGGACUGCCUGGCCGCCAGACGAGGGCGUGACGCAGUCGCUGAGUCGUGGUGACAUCACCAGCGCAUUGCCUCAGGCAGAUAAUCUUUUAUUUUCGUAGUAGAGACACUGUGUCGCAUCGGUGAUGCUGAAUGAAGCAGUUGGCUGCUUCUUUGUCUUUUCCAGACACAAAUCUGAGCUCAGAAAUAGAAUAUCUGAUUUAAGAUUCAGUUCAAGGUUAGACUGGAGCAUGCCUCAUAUAAGAAUUUAUACAGUAUCAAUAAACACUAAAUUAUGUUACACUCAACUAAUAAGAGCUCACAUACCUGUGCACACGUCAUUCAAAAGUUGAGCAGUAACAUUUGAUUGACCUAUUUUAUGAAAAUAAUAAGAACUACAACAUAAACUAAUCCUAGUGAAAUUUAGACUUUGACUUUUGACUGACAGACGAAAACAAACUGUGUUGUUGUGGCUUCGAGACAUAUUUGUACAGACGCUGUUGAAAGCUUUCCAUAGGUCCAAAUAAUUCAGUCGGAGUAUGUUCAAGAAGCCUUUGUUAACAACUAGAACUAUUGCAAGAAUUUUAGAAUGUGUGUUUGAGAUUUUAUACUAAAAUUUAUCGCUUUCUUGAUAGAGUGAACCAGACACAAGAUGUGUGUGCAUAUGACCAAGAAUCUAAGAACAUUGCGAAUUAGUAGGUUAAUCAGGAAAAUCACUGGCAAUAGAGCAUAGAGAAUCGCAACAAUAUGUUCUGGUGGUAUUGUGCGACAAAAAGGGACGAGAACUUUUAUGCUAAUUUCUUUCUCCUAAUUACACCUGGAAUUGUCAAAAGGCAGAAAGUGAAAGUGAAGGUAUAUCUAAAAAUAGUGUCUCCAUGAGCUGACCAAAGAGAGAAGCAAAGAAAUCCUUUAUAAAGCAAAACUUACGAAGACAUGAUGACGUUUACAGUCAGAAUGUGGUGCUAUUGAUACCUCAAUUGUAUAACCCUUCUUCCGUGUACAAAGUUUUUCUGCUUUGCGAGCAGCAUGUAAGAAUGCCGAAGUCUUACAAAUUAAGCUUGAUUAUACACUCUUAUUUUGGGAUUUAAUGUUUAAAAUUAAACUAAACCAUGCAUAGAGAAAAAAAUGUUGCACUCUUGUUGACCCUUUAAAUUCAUCGAUUUUUGCUAUGCUAUAAAUAUUGCUGUAUAUUUAUUUUUAAUAAGGAUUGUACACUGCAUUCUAUGCCGAACCAGUUGCAUGAGACUGAUUUUUUUCAAUGGUAACCAACUGAGAUUUUAAAAAAAGUAGUUUUA